CGAAAUCCGGAAGUAGUGCGGAUAUUACGCGGUUUUUGACAGCAUUCAGGAAGUGUGAUGAAGUAGAUGGAUUGUUUUUGUUGUUUCUGCCGGAGAUACAAGCAUGGCUCGACAGUAACAAUGAACGGAACGCAGGAAUCGAGAAAUUCCAACUCGUAUGACUGGACGCAGGACAUCCAGUUACACGGACUGUUGUACAAGAAGCCCAUCAACCACCAAAGCAACAAGUGGACGAAAAGGUAUUUUGUUAUAAAAGAUGGAUUUUUGCUGUACUACCCUGACACUGAGAAAAAAGACCUGGAAAAAAGAAAAUGUCUGAAUGUGCACCCAAAGGGAAUUAUCCCCCUUGGUGAGUGUACAAUUGAAGCAGUUCGAGAGAAUGGUCAGCCCUAUGCCAUCUCUUUAGAAAGUGCCGAAAUAGCUGGGAAACUUCUGUUGGCAGCAGACAAUAGCUUUGAUCGGGACAAAUGGAUUGACAUGUUACAGAAAUCCAAACGCAUAACUUGGAAAAGUUCCAAGCUUGCAGAUGAAAUGAUUAAUCAACUGGAGGAACAUGGACUACAAAUGGCUAAACAGAAGCAGGACUACUUUGACCAGCUGCAAUCAGAGGUGAUGGCAUUAUCAGAUGAAAGAGAGAAAACUGAGGAACUUGCAAGGAUAAACCAAGAACUGGAAAAAGAAAAAGAAAAGAUUGAAAAAUACCAACAAGAACUGAUUGAAGAAUUUGAUCAAGUCAAACAGGAACUAGAGGACACAAACCAAUAUAUGCAGGAAGUGGAAAAAGAUCGCCAGGAACUGUCAUCAACAAUUUCACAUCAGCAAGAAGCAUUACAGCUUCUAGACAAAGAAAAGCACAGGAUAAUGAGUACAUUGGAAGAACAAGAAAAUCAAAAGCAGACGUUACAUGCAACACAUGGUGACGUAGAGGAUCAACUGAAGAAGAUAGAGAACAAGAUGAGACUUCUUCAGGCAGAGAAGGCGGAGACGGAGAGAAGGUUAACAGAAAAUGAGGAGAAAGCUCACAUACUCGAGGAAGAAAAGCAGCAUUUUGAUGAACAAGCCCAACAACUUAACGAGACAAUUAAGGAUCUCAGAACACAGAAGGAGAUGACAGAAGCUGAAUUGAAGGAGGAAGUGAUGGCCAGGAUGGACGCUGAACGAAAACUGAAAGAAGCGGAGGAGUCGCUAAGGAAGCUUGGGGUUGCUGUGGACUCUCAGACAACGAUAAUCAAGGAAGAUGUUCAUCAAGAGAUGGUUGUUAAUGUCAGAAAAUUGAAACAGUUCUUUGAGGGUCUGGUUAUGGAGGCCGAAAUUGAUGAAGAUAAACCAAUGAUUGUGAAAAAUUCCAUCCAUGCUCGUAAAACCUUACAACGACGGGCUAAGACCAACAAAUUUAAACGAGCUCGCUCCAGCAGUUUGCGAGCAAAGUCGUCCAAUUUUGAUGAAGCCAAAGAAAAUGAUGGACUUGCCCCAAUACGGCGAUGUGUGACCACAGUUAGAAGGAACUUUGCACAGUCUGUUAAUUUCACAAUUGGUGGAGGAGGAAAAUUAUUGGAAGAGGAGUACUUAUGAUGGAGCACUGGAACAUAAUCAAAAUGGUGGCCAUAUCUAGCAUAAUGUUUUCAAACAUCACCUGUUACAGAAGGAUGCAUUUCUACAUUAGAACUAUAUAGAUACAAUGUAUAUUGUGUAUAGCAUACCAUGAGCCAGUUGUAAAUGUCUUUGUGAUCUUGGACCCACAUAAUAUUUUGGGACCUGUGUGUACAUGUUGUCUGUGUGUUUUCUGAUACAUACAGACUUCUGAUACAUACAGACUUCUGAUACAUGCAGACAAUGUAAUGAGUACCAUCCCAGAUAUCGACAAAAAUAAUUGGAUGGGACUGGAAGAUGCAUAAUGAAUUCAAGGAGAAUAGGUCAAAGGUCAAGUAUGUUGCAUUGUGAUGCUCUGCUUUGCAGUGCCCAGCAAUGUGGGAAAAUUAAAUGAUGCACAAUACUGGUGAUUAAAACAGAACAACAUUUCAUUGUUUAUAUUUACCCCAACACUUACUGAACUGACUGUAGAACAUGUUUUCUGGUCUAUUAUAUACACAUUUACAACGAUGUUACAUAAAGUGAAAAUACUAAACACCAAACAAGAACAGGUUAUUGAUUGGCAGAAAAGUCCUAAGUUUGUUUCUUUCGGGUUUAACUAGUAUCAAUUCACUGGGGAAAAAAUUAUAAAGAUUUACAGUUAGCUUUUAUUUAUUUUUAGCUCACCUGAGCCAAGUGAGCUUUUCUGAUCAAAAUUUGUCCGUUGUCUGUUGUUGGCGUCGUAAACUUUUCACAUUUUCGACUUCUUCUCAAGAACUGCUGGGCCAAUUUCAACCAAACUUGCCACAAAGCAUUUGGGUGAAGGGCUUUCAAGUUUGUUUAAAUGAAGGACCAUGUCCCUUUCAAAGGGGAGAUAAAUACAAAAAUGCAAAAAUAGGGUGGGGUCAUUUAAAAAUCUUCUCAAGAACCACUGGGUCAGAAAAGCUGAAAUUUACAUGAAAACUUCCUAACAUAGUGCAGAUUCAAGUUCAAAUCAUGGCCUCCGGGGGUUGGAUGGGGCCACAAUAGGGGAUCAAAGUUUUACAUACUAAUAUUUAGGAUAAAUCUUUAAAAAUCUUCUCAAGAACCACUGAGCCAGAAAAGCUGAGAUUUACAUGAAAGCUUCCUGACAUAAUGCAGAUUCAAGUUUGUUCAAAUCAUGGCCCCCGGGGGUUGGAUGGGGCCACAAUAGGGGAUCAAAGUUUUACAUGCAAAUAUAUAGGAAAAAUCUUUAAAUAUGAGCCAAGGUGAGUCAGGUGAGUGAUGUGGCCCUUGGGCCUCUUGUUUUGAUAAGUGCUUUUGCUCAAAAUGACAAACAAAUAUUUUAGGUAAAUGGAAAUUGGCACCUGUCAUUUUGAGUGUUUUGGCAAUCAGCACAAUACUUGCCCAAAUCAUGGUUUUGCAUUGUGCCAACUGAUUUAUGUGUCAUUGACAUCCACGUUUAUUUACAUGUCCAAUGUUGUUGUCUUCAAUAUCUUCACCAGUUGAAAUGAUAACCAUUUCCUCAUGAAUGUGAACGGUGUGCAUAUGAAUGUUUUAUUAUGAGUGGCUGGGAGUUAUCCAACAGAAAUGAAAGUAGAAUGUAAAUAUAAGAAAUAAAUUUCAUUUUGGAAAAUACAUUACGGUAUGAACAGCAAUGCUCCAUGCAAGCGUACUUUUCAUGAAGUGCUAAUUUUUAACAUGCUUCAUGUAAUAUGCAGGCAUAAAGUGGCAGAUCAUACCCUCGUGUAUAUUUCAAAAUUGAAAUUUAUUGAAUGAACUUGAAAUUGUGGAUACAGAGUUGAUAAAGAAAAAGAAUGUGUUGAAACCUAUUGGUAAAUGAUAAAUAUUACUGCCAGGUAAUUGUUUCGGAUUUCACACUGGCAAUAGUAGUGGCAUGAAUUUAUCAUAGAUAAUUCAGUUGGUUCAGAGUGCUCUGAGUGUUGUUCUGCACCAUACUUAUUCACAAAUGAGGAAACGCAAAGAUGAUUUAUAUAUACAUGUAUGUUUCUAAAUUUCUUUUUUGCACAAAACCUCCUACUUUGAUUUUCAUUCUUGGAUGGAAGCUUUCGUUUUCAGGAUCAGUGUAAUCUUUUAGUAUUUAGUGGCACUACAGACAACACUCUGUAUUGUUAAUUAUAUAUACAGGAAAACAUUGUUAUAGUUUCAAUAACCGAUCCAGCUAAACUCUGUUUGUUAUAACCAAAUGUUAUAUCUGAUAAAAUGCUCAUUGUUUUCCACUCACAGGGAAAUGAAUAUCACGUUGUAAGAAGCGUAAAUUUGUUAUAAACAUGUGUCAUAACUGUAUAAACUGUGUCAUAUUUUGGUUUUAAAUACCGUAUAGCGGGUUAUUUCCGUGGGAUGAUAAAUUUGGCUUACUUUAGCGGUUGGAUAGCUUUCCGCUAAAAUUUCACUCGCCAAAUAUGCACCCAAAUGCGACUUCAGUAUUUGCACACGAGAUAGGUCUUCGUUGUCUGCCUAAAUUUAUUCUGCUAAAAUUAUUAGCGUACCUUUGAGCCAGCAAAUUGCCAAAUUUUAGACCCGCAGAAAAAAACCUGCUAUACGGUACAUGUAAUACCACUUUGUUUCAGAUUUUGAAUUUAUCAGUGAAGUUUUCAAAUCCACACCUGUUUUUAUAAAAUGCUAGACACACUCGGACAAAUAUACUGAACAAACACGCAAACAUGAACUGAGUAAAAAAGCAUUAUAGUGUUGUUGGAGGUGAUAAUGAAAUCUGUUGUACUGGUAUUACACACGUGAAAUAAACAGUAUACAUGCACUGUUUUCACAUUUCCAGUGAGUUGAAAUGGGUAAUUAUUAAUGUAUAUGUGUGUGAAAGGCUACUAAUACAAAAUUACACUAUUCCACGGGUGUUACUACAUUUAUAAAUGUCUCGUCUUGUUACAAUUUCCAUUUCGUACUGUUGUAUAGUUAGUCUGCAAUGUUUACAUCAGCUACAGGCGACAUUAGAAUGUUGUCGAGUUUUACACCCUGUGUAAUAUUUGCCAUAUGUACAUAUAUGCACGUAUAGUUAUAGAGGUCAGAAAUGCACACUAUGUAGAAAAAUUUAAGUGGAGCUAGCACAGAUUAUAUUUGAAGUGCAAUGAGUAUUUUGAUUAAUAUAUUUGUUUAUCAAAGAAAAAAUGCAUUUGAUAUAUUUUACAAUUGUUAUACACUGUGUGUUACAGUAGAAAUGCACACUGUCUAUGCGAAGACUGAAGUUUGUUCAUAUUUAGUUAUUAUAUUAUUCAUCUAAUGACGUUGGUGCUAGUACCUGUGGUUUAUAAAGUCUUUUAAUGUAAAAUUUAUCUUUAAUAGAUUUCAAGCAUUUUUUUUUUAAAAGAAUGACACUAUCCAGAAUUUUUUGUUGUGAGAAAAAAAUAAAUAUUAGUAUGAAUGUUAUGUAUAUUGAAGAUUUGUAUUUCAUAUAAUGGUUAGAGACAUAUCUUUUACAUGUAGUUUUCAAUUACAGUCAGAAUUUGGACGAGAUUAGACUGUUAGGGAACCAAGUUCUUUGAAAUCUGUCUGCAAAAAUUACAGUGCACAUUUAUGGCUGUCACCAUGAUGUAUAUUUCAUUGCUAACUUAAAUAUUAAUGAUAUAUAUUGAAAUUGAAUGUCUUUCAAAUUUGAUUUCUCUUACCCCCUCAUGUACCCAAAUCUCUAUUCGCAUGUACAUGUAGUUGUUACACGAUUUGGUAUUAUUUCGUAUUUUAUAAAUCAGUUCGUCCAUGUGGCUGUCUCAUUAGAGUAUUUCUGUUAGAAAUUCGCACAUUUUAUGAUUUUGGAAAGGUUUUUUUAUGCCCCUGUAAUAAGAGAUAUAGUUUUUGGUCUGUAUGUAAAACUUAAAUUUUGGCCAUAACUUUGAAUGGUUAGUGCUAGGGCUUUCAUAUUUUACAUGUGUAAUUCCUUUUGAUGAGAUCUUUCUGUAGGUAGCUAAAUUUUUGACCCAGUGACCCUGACCUUGGAGUUUGACUUUAUUUGACUGGUAAUUGCUAGGUCUUUCAUAUUUCACAUGACUGUAUUCUUUGUGACAAGACCAUUCUUUUUGUACUAAAUUUUUUUUACCUCAUUACCUUGACCUUGAAGUUUGGCCAUACAGGAGCACCAUGUGUUUCACAAAUAAAUCUUGGUUUUUAAUAUGAAAACCUAAGUCAGUGUAUAAAAUCUUCAUAUGUUCAUAUAUGUUAAAGAUUUAACUUGGACAAUGAAAAGCAAUUGUCUCAGAGUGAUUGCAGUUUUUCCAUUUCAUUAUAGUUUUUGAUAAUGCACACUGUUUAAAGUCUUCUUAAAAUCUCUGAAUGGCAUUGAUAAUUAAGUGUUCUUAAAAUGUAUUUGAUACAGAAUGUGAUGGUACUAGUUGUAGAGAUAUUACUCCAUAAGGCUGACCAAAAUAAGUUAUAGAGAGGCGUAAGGCUGACCAAAAUAAAUUAUAGAGGUGUAAGGCUGACCAAAAUAAGUUACAGAGAGGCGUAAGGCUGACCAAAAUAAGUUAUAGAGAGGCGUAAGGCUGACCAAAAUAAAUUAUAGAGGUGUAAGGCUGACCAAAAUAAGUUACAGAGAGGCGUAAGGCUGACCAAAAUAAGUUAUAGAGAGGCGUAAGGCUGCAUGACCAAAAUAAAUUAUAGAGGUGUAAGGCUGACCAAAAUAAGUUACAGAGAGGCGUAAGGCUGACCAAAAUAAGUUAUAGAGAGGCGUAAGGCAGACCAAAAUAAGUUAUAGAGAGGCGUAAGGCUAACCAAAAUAAGUUAUAUGUUUUGCAUCAGGCACACUUUUGAAACGCAUACUAGAGAGAUCAAGUGAAAUAUUUAUAGCCAAAACAUUUCUGUUCAUUAAAAAUUUAAACCUAUCAUGGUAAAAAAAAUAUAAUAUAUACUACCAGUAGUUUCUUCUUUAAAUUCAUCUUCAAAGCUGUGAAAACCAAACAAGAAAAAUAAAAGCUUCAAAAUAUA